CCAUCCCUUUCCCGUCGAUCUACCCACCUACAGACGAGAAGAUUCUAUUUCCGAAGUUGUUUCUUUCUUCUUUGUCUUUUGGGAAAUGGUUGUUCUUGACAACAUGACUUUCUUACUGUCAUCUCUAACUUCUUUAUAGCUGCUACUUACAUCAAGUACAAGAAGUUCAUCUCGCAUUCGCUAGUACCUGUAAGAAUAAGAAAUAGAAGAAAGAUUGUUCAUACACGCUUCUAGUUUAUUUCUCAGCCCUAAAACUAGAUUCUUUGAGUUGCAGUCAGAUGCCAUAGCAGGCUGAAAAACAAUGGCGCCAGUAACUUCACGUGACCUCCUUGGGGUGCACCAGGUGCACGUCGACGGCGCCCACUGGUUCAACGUUCGAUGCGCCGAGGUUCCUGGAGUGUCUCUGACUUCGAAAUUGGCCUACAAUUGUUGUUCAUCGCCUCUCGAAUUCGAGUUUUUGCCCAAGCCGGGACAGCGAAAGCUUCCAACCUGGGUGUCAGACACGAGACCCGUGAAAAAAACGAAAAUUCAUCGAUGGGGCAAGCCUUACACAGGAGCCUUUACCUGUGAGGUCGACGGAGAUGCGUAUUGUGCUUUUAAAACGAGCAAAUCGUCGAAGCAAAUUGACUGGAGGAUGCCUGCUGACUUCGAAGAGAUCUGCAUAUGGAAGCAAGGGACACAGAAAGAUAAGGAUUUAUGGCAUGAGGUACAGAAAAUGAAAAUACUAUAUUUUCUACUACAAGUCGUACUGUAUGAAUAAGUAGUAAGUACUUGGAAGAUUCUUUCCUCUUCAAGAUAGGUUGUUCCUACUGGUAGUUACUCGCCUCCCCAAACGUGGUGCGGCUUGUAAGCACAUGGACACCAGGGCGAUCCUCCUAGAAAUCAACUCGCCUCUAACACCGGACGCAGCUAAAAAAUGUUGGAAGAAAUCAGCGAAGUCGUGGGAAUGGGUUCCUAAGGAUGGUGGUAAAGCCCCUGUGAUGAAGCGAGUAGUGAUGCAAAUGAAGAGUAAAAAGGUGGUGAAGAAGAGUGGUGGCAAGUAA